AUGCGUUUCUUUGCCAGCCUCAUCGUCCUCGUCCCUCUCGUUUGCUCUGUCGUCGCUUUGCCCGCCAGCACCCAAGAUAUCUCAACGAUUCUAUCUUAUCUCAACACAGUUGGGACGGACCUUCAAAAUGUUGUAGACAUCUUUGCAAGUUCUACUGACACUGAUGUCGAACAAUUUGCUACACGAUUAGAAGGUGGUCUUACCCGAUUGACCUCUGAUAUAACUGCACUGAGAACUGUGGUAGAGCAGACUGGCACUCUUCUUUUUUACGAAGCUGACGGCCUUAGCAUUCUCCAGCUUGAGGCAAAGCUGUUUUCCCCCAUUGGUCAACUGGAGCAGGACCUUGCGGACGCAGGUACCAUUUUUAAUGAACUCGGAUUUCCUGCGUUCGAGCUCCUAAUCGAUUACCUGGAAAAUUUUGGGAAUGAAUUUGAGGAAACUAGCUUGGCGAUCCAGAAGAAACUCCCAGGAGACCGCUUUAUUGCUCUCCUCGCUGGCUUGAAUAACCUCAUUACUGCUAUCGCCCUCGGCCACUCCCUGGGCCCUAUCUAA